CUGAAGGGGCAAGUUCCCAAGUUUGUUUCUCCCUCCAGUCAGCUGCCAUCAUGCUCUGGUUUAGAGAGCAGCGGGCCUUCGCAGUUGAGAGCUUCUUUUCUAACGGUCGCUCACUUGUUACUACGCAACGUGCCUUCCGCGCUCGCUUUGAAAUUCCUCCUCACAGACUCGUUCCUGGCCGUAAUUCGAUUCUGUCGUGGUUUAACUUAUUUCGGGAGUGUGGAAGUGUCGCUAAACCCAGAAAUGGACUUCAACGGACCAUCAGAACUCCGGAAAAUAUCGAAAGAGUGA